GCGUCCAUCAUCAUGCGGAGGAAGGAGUCGAAGGCGGAGGAGCUGCAGGAGGCGAGGGAGGAGCUGGCGUCUGCAGAGAGAGACCUGAGGGGGAGGAGCCAGGCUCAGGACUCUGAGGGGGGGGAGAUCAUCCGGACAGAUGAGCUGAAGCGUUUGGUGGGGAAGCUUCGUGGCAAGUCAGCGAUGCACAAGAAGAAGCGUCAGGAGGUCUCUGAGCUGAGGGCAGAGUACGGAGUCCUGCAGAGGACCGAGGAGAUCCUGAAGCAGAGACACGAGACCGUGCAGCACAAACUGCAAGCUAUGGAGGCGGAGAAGGGCAUCUCGGGCUACAGCGACACUCAGGAGGAGCUGGAGCGAGUGUCGGCCAUCAAGAGCGAGCUGGACGAGAAGAAGGGACGAACGCUGGACGACAUGUCAGAGAUGGUGAAGAAAUUAAACUCCAUGAUAGCGGAUAAGAAGACGGCUCUGGCUCCCAUUAUAACAGAGCUGCGGUCCCUGAGGCAGUGCUGUCAGGAAUCAAGCCAGGAGUAUGAGGAGAAGAAGGCUCAAUAUGAAAGCUGUACGGCUGGUCUGGAGAGCAACAGAUCGAAAUUGGACCAGGAGGUGAAAGCACUGAGAGACGACACGUCGCAGGAGGAAAACAGAUAUCAUUACAUCAACUCCAUGUCAGAGGUGAGUUUAUUUUAUUACAAUUUCAUUCUUAUUACAUCUGUUGGAUACACAAAUAGAUGACCGGGCAAUAAAGUGGCAUACAUAACAAAAAACAUGCAAUAAAAUACAACUUACUGUAAAAGAAAUAUCUACAUUAUAUCUGAUGUGAAAGAGCCGUGCCGCUUUCAAAGUGUGCAGAAAUAUUCAGAAGAAUUUGUUAAUGUUCCCAAUACAGAUUAUGAGGAAGAGUUUAGGGUACAGAGAUUAAAGGUCACCGAUCAUGCUAUUUGUAGACAAUAGCAUAGGUCUCAGAUAUAUACAAAUAUAUAUAAAAAACAUGUCUAUGAAGUGUUUUGCUCAAAAUACCAGAUCAUUCUAGCCAUGCCUCAUAUCCCUCUA